AUGUCUCGUCUGUCCCUGUUGGCACUGCAAGCACUCUGUGCUACUGCUGCCGCAUCGACAUGGGAACAAGCCAGCCAAGAUUUGGACAGCCCGCAACGGCCUCUGCAUGGAGACGAAGCCGUCUCGGUCGACAAGUUCCCCAACUUGAAACUGAACGACGGGCAUGAGAUUCCCACGAACUUUUCAGCCUAUAACAACGAAGAGGAGCUCGGCGCCGCGAUCAAGUCAUCCGGGAUCGCCCGCGAGAAGCUCUUCAUCACCACCAAGGCCACCGUCAAGGCCGACAAGCCCAUCGAGGAGAACUUCUCGGCGUCGCUCAAGAAGCUGGGCCUGGACUACGUCGACCUGUACCUGAUCCACUCGCCCUUCUUCGCGGAGGGAGACCCCAAGGUCCACCAGGCCAAGUGGGCCGAGGUGGAGGCCAUCCAAGCCUCGGGCCGCGCAAAGUCCGUCGGCGUGUCCAACUACAUCCAAGAGGACCUCGACGCGGUGCUGGAGACGGCCAAGGUCAAGCCCGCGAUCAACCAGAUCGAGUUCCACCCGUACCUGCAGCACAUCACCGACGACGGCAAGGAGAAGCUCCUCGACUACCACCGCGAGAAGGGCAUCGCUGUGAGUGGCUAUGCAGGCCUCACUGCCAUCACCAAGGCGGCGCCCGGGCCCGUCGAUGGUGCUUAUGCCAGGCUUGCGAAGAAGUAUAAUGUGACCGAGGGGGAUGUGGCCCUCCGAUGGACGCUCGACCAGGGUGUGGUAGCUAUCACGACGAGUUCCAGGGAGGAGAGGCUGAGGGAGUAUGUAGACAAGCUGCCCAGUUUCAAGCUCACGUCUGAGGAGGUCAAGGAAAUCUCCGACCUGGGACUCAAGAAGCACUUCCGGGGCUUCUGGAAGAACCAGUAUGACGAUGAUGAUUGGAGGUGA